CAAUAAGUCAAUAACACACAUAGAAGAAAAAGAUAAAAUGUCCCCUAAUUCUGAGGGAGAUGAAAUCUGAUGAAUUUAUUACAAUUUCUGCGAUCUGCAUAUUCGUUCUAGUCCACUUCUCACGAAACAGGCCAAUGGUCACUGUCGCACUAUAAAACCCAUCAAAACCAUGAAAGAAUCAAAUGGAAUGAUGCUCAUGCUCCACACCACCCAAAACAACACAUAAGCAUUAGUCACUGUUCGUUCUCUCUUCACUCCCUUUCCCUUUUCAAUGUCGGACAACAACGCCAUCACCUCCCCGCUACUCUCCUCCGAUCACCUAAUCAUCACCGUCGAAUCCGACUCCGCUCCCCCCGCCGCCUCCUCACCGAAUCCCUUCCGCGCGGUGGGAUGCGAUGCGGAAGAGUUGACCGUGCCGCCGGCAAUCACGGUGGACCCGUUCCGCAACGACAAGGCCAGGAUUAAGGGAGUAUACGAUUGGGUCAGGACACUGGUCUGCGUGCCGCUCAUGCUGGCGCGGUUGGUGCUGUUCGGACUGUGCCUUGCGGUGGGGUUUGUGGCGACCAAGUUGGCGCUCUAUGGAUGGAAGGAUAAGGAGAAUCCCAUGCCUGUGUGGAGGUGUAGAGUCAUGUGGGUCACUCGAAUUUGCGCUAGAUGCAUCCUCUUCGCUUUUGGCUAUCAGUGGAUAAAACGGAAGGGAAGACCUGCACCGAGGGGAAUUGCUCCAAUAAUUGUAUCGAAUCAUGUUUCGUAUAUUGAGCCUAUCUUCUAUUUCUAUGAACUAUUUGCCACCAUUGUGGCAUCUGAGUCUCAUGACUCCUUACCUUUUGUUGGCACCAUUAUUAGAGCAAUGCAGGUCGUAUAUGUUAACAGGUUCUCACCAUCAUCAAGGAAGAAAGCUAUAAGAGAAAUAAAGAGAAGGGCUUCUUGCGAUAGAUUUCCUCGAGUGCUAUUAUUUCCUGAGGGAACCACGACUAAUGGUAGGAACCUCAUUUCCUUCCAACUCGGUGCAUUUAUCCCUGGGUACCCAAUCCAGCCUGUAAUUGUACGCUAUCCUCAUGUGCACUUCGAUCAAUCUUGGGGUAAUGUUUCUUUGGCUAAGCUUAUGUUUAGGAUGUUCACCCAGUUCCACAACUUCUUCGAGGUAGAAUAUCUUCCUGCCAUUUCACCCCUGCAUGAUAAGGAAACUGCGGUACAUUUUCGUGAAAGGGUUAGCCGUGCUAUGGCAGCUGCAAUGAAUACUGUCCAAACUGGACAUUCAUAUGGAGACAUAAUGCUUCAUAUGAAAGCUCAAGAAGCAAAACAGGAGAACCCCUCAAGUUAUAUGGUUGAAAUGGCCAAGGUGGAAUCAUUAUUUCAUAUCAGCAGCUCGGAAGCUGUGGACUUUCUGGACAAAUUCUUGGCUAUGAAUCCUGAUCCAAGUGGUCGUGUUCAAUAUCGUGACUUUUUGAGGGUUUUAAGAAUUAAGGCUUGCCCUCUAUCUCGAAAGGUAUUUGUAUUCAUUGAUGUGGAGAAGAGUGGGACGAUUACAUUCAGACAGUUCUUGUUUGGAUCUGCGCAUGUCAUGAAGCAGCCAGGGUUCCGUCAAGCCUGUGAAGUUGCGUUUGCAGAGUGUGGUGGUGCAGUAAAGCCCUACAUUGUUGAACAAGAAUUACGAGAUUUUGUCCAAUCUGCUAUCCCGAGCUGGAAUGAGGAUGAGGUCCAUGAUUUUUUCAUGUUAUUUGAUAAAGAUAACGACGGGAAAAUUGACAAGGAUGAAUUUCUUUCAUGCCUCAGUAGAAAUCCUCUUCUGAUAGCUUUCUUUACACCUCAACCACAGCACAAGGAAACCGGUUGUAAUGGAGUGUUAGACAUAGUGUGAUGGGUGGAUCUUACAUGGGUGGAUCUUACAUUUGAUUAAAAUAUGUGGCUUUUUAGGAUGAGUACAAAGAAAGGAAAAGGGUAAGUAUAGGAUGCAGAGGCCUCUAUUUUUCUUACUCUUAUUUAUUUUGUACCUUGACCUGAUUAAUUACUCGUAAAGCGUAAUUAUUUGGUUAAGAUCUGUGUUGUCCUGCCUUAUUUUGACAAGGCAGUUACACAACUAGAUUUCAGUUGAAUUCUAGGUGUUGUGAUCACAUUGAUCCGACAUGAGUUUUGGUUCAGGGACCAUAAUGACAUUUUGGGUCAAUGUAGUUUUGUGCUAGGUUUGAUUUGAACCACCGUGUCUUUCGUUUGUACCAGUGUAUUUUUCAUAGAUAUCAACAUGACGAUGACGAUAUUAAUGUAAUUGGUCCUGGGUUUUUUUGAGAAGGUGGAAUCUUGUGAAGGAAUGAUUUGCAGUGUUAGAAAUUCUUGGAUUAA